ACAGGGCUGGACUUGUUGAUUUCGGGCUGGUGCUCAGGCUCGGGUGGAUGUUUCGGAGCUCGACGCUAAGACUGGAAGUCUGGGGUGGAUGUUUCGGGGCUCGACGCUUAGCCUGGAGGACUGGGGUGGAUGGUGAUUCGGGGCUCGACGCUAAGACUGGAGGUCUGGGGUGGAUGAUUCGGGGCUCGACGCUUAGCCUGGAGGACUGGGGUGGAUGGUGAUUCGGGGCUCGGUGGUCAGGCUGGAGGGCUCGGGGAUGGCGGCGGAGAGGCGCCCGGGAGGUGACGGGGGGCCGGAGAGCGUUUGGUUUUUACAGCGAGUGGAACCGGGAAACACGGAGCGACUCUUACUGAGCCCGAGGGAAGAGGUAACACUUGGCAGAGGGCUGAAUGUCACCUACCGUUUGUUUGCGAAGACCUGUCCGUUGAUGAUUUCCAGGAACCACUGCACACUCCGCCUGGCGUCAAAUGGGCAGUGGACAGUGACCGAUAACAAGAGCGUGAACGGAGUGCGGAUCAAUGGUGUGCUGAUUGAGCCUCUGGUGCCGCACGUGGUGCAGGAGGGGGACCGGUUGCAGUUGGGUGUUCCUCUGGAAGGCAGGGAGCGAGCUGAGUAUGAGUACCAGUUAAUACAAGACAGGCAGGCGCCAGUGGAGAGCGAGGACUCCAACCGCAGCAGCCACUGCAGCCGGACCAAACGCAAGCACAGUCGGGAGGAGGUACCCCAUCCAAAAUGGAAAGUGCCACGAGUGUCCUGUGAGGAAGACUGGAGCUCAGAUUCCAGGAACGAGGAGCAGAGCGGAUGCUCGAACUCCAGAUGUAAGGAAAAAUCGUCCUGCAGCACAGACUCCAGGUGUGAAAAAUGGGACCAGAGCUCAGAGUCCAGAUGUGAACUGACCCAACCAAUGGCAGCUGGCGAGAUGCCAGGGACCAGUGUAGAGGCUGCACUGCCACCAACUCACCAGAGAGUUUCAAGCCAGGACAGCAUGGCAACAGAGCCAUGGGGACAAUGCUAUAGAGAGCGCAAGAUGGAACACAGGCAGCGAGUGGGAGGAAUGCCCAUUGCGGAGCAGCAAGAGAGGGGGAGAUCCAGUACGGAGCAGCAAGAGAGGGGUAGGCCUAUUGCGGAGCAGCGAGAGAGAGAGAGUCUCAUUGCGGAGCAGCGAGCAAGAGGGAGGCCCUGCCCGGAGCAACGAGAGAGGAGUAGGCCCAGCACGGGGCAACAAGAUAGAGAGAGGCCCAGUAAUGAGCAGCAAGAGGGAGAGGGGCCCAGCACGGAGCAACGAGAGAGAGAGAGACCCUGCCCGGAGCAGCGAGAGAGUGGUAGGCCCAGUGCUGAGCAGCGAGAGAGAGAGAGGCCCUGCCUGGAGCAGCACAAGAGAGAGAGGACCUGCCUGGAGCAGCACAAGAGAGAGAGGCCCUGCCUGGAGCAGCGAGAGAGGGGUAGGCCCAGUGCGGAGCAGCGAGAGAGAGAGAGGCCCAGUGCUGAGCAGCAAGAGGGAGAGAGGCCCAGCAUGGAGCAGCGAGAGAGAGAGAAGCCAAACUUGGAGCAGAGACAGAGAAGGAGGCACAGAUUGGAGCAGCGAGAGAGGUCCGGCUCAGAGAAGCGAGAGCUGGAGGAACUGGAAGCAGCUCUACAGCAACAGCGCAGGGAGCUGGAGGAGAUCAUUAAAUCAAAGGACCGGGAGCUGGAGGAGAGCAAGAGUGAGAAGGAGCAAGCACAGAGACGGGAAGCCAUCGCUGAGAUCACAGACGUGCUGGAAAAUGAACUGCAGUGUAUCAUCUGCUCCGAGCACUUCAUCCAGGCGGUGACACUCAACUGCUCACACAGCUUCUGUAGCCACUGUAUCGAGGAGUGGCGGAAACGGAAGCAGGAAUGUCCGAUGUGCCGGCAGCCAAUCUGUUCGCAGACACGCUCCGUGGUGCUGGACAGCUGCAUCGACCGAAUGGUGGAGACGCUGAGUGAGGAAGUCAGAGCUCGCCGGGCAGCACUCAUAAAACAACGCAGAGCUCUGCAGGUCCUGGACGUGGAGUGACAGCAACAGCAGCAGCUUUGACAACUUGGCCUCCAUCCAUUCAUUCCAUCAGCAGCUGACCACGAGGUCUCCAAGCCCAGUGACUGGAGACACUGAGGACGAUCCCAUCAUCUCUGACUGCCCAGCGUGUGCGCUCUGACUCCUGCAGUCUACUAACAAAACUUCCCCUGUUCUCUCUCCCACCCCCCUUUACUUUCCUCUCUAUUUCUCCCUACCUUCUCUCUCACCCUCUGCAGGAGAGCAGGUAAUGUGUAAAUAGCAGAAUGCCUGAAUCCCACAUCAGGGUACCAGCUGUACCCACGCCAGACAGCAAGUGUCAUGGUGGUAACAGAGGCUCAGGUUACAUGGAGCUUGAUCCCGGGAGCCUCCAGUUCCCUCUCCCCAGAGAGGAGAUAAAUCCUCUCUAACAUUCCAGGGGCCAUCCUCCCCCUUGAUGUUCAUCAUUUUGUUGCAGGAUUUUUCUACGUGAGUUUAUCCUUCUGUUUGUUGUGCCUAUUCUAUCUGGCUGCAGUACCACCAUGGGAUGUUCCCAUUAUAUUUGGGGUCAGUUCCAACUUGGAUGGGAAAUGUGUGUAAAAUAUUAAAUGAGUGUAAUAUAUAAAA